UGUUGAACGGACUCGUGGUGUGGCAGGCUUGUGUGAAGUGUGUGGAACAAAUUUUAAUACAAGAAAAAGCUUGUACCGACAUAUGAGGAUGAAGCAUCGCAAGAAUAUUUAUGUACAGCCUAGGAAAGAAAUAUGUAAUAUCUGCGACAAGUUGGUAACAGACGUAAACAAACACAUGAAGAGACACAAUUUCGCGUCUGGAAAGAUGACAUGUACCGAGUGCAAUACAUUUAGAUGCUCUCGGAGGCAAGAACUGAUACACCAUUUGGAGUGUGUUCACCAACAGAAAAUGGAGUGCAAGGAAAUGACAUUUAAUUCUGUGGAAGAGUUAUUUCUGUGGAAGGAACAGAUGGAAGCUGAAGAGAAGGUUUCCUUCAUAAGACCAAGGGGAAAACAGAAAUGUGAUUAUUUUGUUUGCCACCGUUCUGGAUAUGUUGACAAAACAGCUUCAGGCAAAAGGUUAAGGGAACCUUCAAUCAAAAUUGGCGGCACUUGCCCUGCCUGUUUGGUAGUAAAAAAUGUGUCAUCUAACAUGGUUAAUGUCAAGUUCUACAGGACACACACAGGACACAGUCUCUCUGUGGGUAGCCUACAUCUGACCACAGCUGACAGGGCAAUGGUUGCUGAAUUAAUUGCACAAGGUGUUCCUGAUACUACAAUUUUGAAGAAAGUGAGAGAGAGCAUUCACGUUGGACUCUUCAGAAGAGUUCAUCUUUUAAGCAAACAAGAUAUUAGAAAUAUUAGGAAAGAAUACAAGCUGGACGAUAGUAGUGCACACCAAGAUGAUGCAACCAGUGUUGAUCUGUGGGUGAGACAACAAGAGCGCCUAGGGAAAGAUUCCCCGGUGAUUUAUUACAAAGCCCAAGGCACUGAGGAUAAUGGAAACAAAUUAUCAGAAAGUGACUUUAUGAUAGUCCUUAUGACUGAGUAUCAGCAGAAAAUGGCAAAAAAAUUCUGUGCGGAAAAAGUUUUGAUAGACAGCACACAUGGCACUAAUAAGUAUAAAUUUUAUCUGACCACACUGUUGCCCGUGGAUGAAUUUGGUGCUGGAUGUCCAGUUUCUUAUUGCCUCAGUACACAUACUGACACAAGGUCCAUGCAAGUUUUCUUUGAGCAGAUUAAAAAAUGUAUUGGAAACAUCAAAACAAAGGUAUUCAUGUCUGAUGACUGUGACUGCUACUACAGUGCCUGGAGUGUAGUUAUAGGCCAUAGUGAACAUAGGUUGUUAUGUACCUGGCACGUUGAUCGGGCAUGGAGACGGAAUAUAUGUGCAAAAGUAAAUGGGAAUGCAAUGCUGAAGAGUACUGUAUACAAAGCUCUGAAAACUUUGCACUUACAGACAGAUAGAGAGAAAUUCUCAGAGCUGCUGGAUGGCUUUCUUACUUGGUGUGCAGAGGAGGAAGGAACUGAGGAGUUUGGCAAGUACUUUAAAGAUAGAUAUUCAUGGAGGGCACAUAUGUGGGCAUACAGCUACAGAAUUGGACUUGGCCUUAAUACAAAUAUGUUCUUAGAAGCAAACCAUAAAACUCUUAAAUACUCAUACUUACUGAAGAAAAUAAAUAACAGAGUAGAUAAAUGUAUCCAGGCCCUGUUGCACAGAACGAGGGACUCACUUUUUCAAAGAUUAAUAAGGCUUUGUAAGGGGACAGAGAGAACUACACGCAGUGCUGAAAUAAGUAAGAGUCACAGAAGAGGUUGUGGUAUCAAUAAGGAACUGAUACACUGUGUUGAAGAUGGCACAUGGCAUGUAUACACCGUUUCUGAUCGGCCCCCAUAUACUGUCACCUAUACAGAGAACUCUUGCACUGCAUGCCCAUUGUCCUGUACUGAGUGCAAGAUCUGUGUGCACAGUUGUGUGUGUUCUUGCACAGACAAUUUGAUCAAGGGUAACCUCUGUGAACACAUUCAUGCAGUGGAAAUCAGCAAAGGAACUGUAAAGCUCCCUAUGCAAGACAGGUUCUGCAGAGAGUCAUCUGUGCAGGAGUUAACACAAAUAGUUGCUCAGUAGACUUCAGGUGCUGGCAGCAGUGUUGACUACCGAGCUGCUUUGGAAGACAGGCUGACUAUUGUGCAACAAUUAGCAAGAAGUGGUAACAGUGAAACUGCUGGCUCUCUCCUUGUGUCAUUUGAUAAAUUAAUUAAAGAAAUGAGGGCAGGCAUUGCAUCGCAUAAAGAACUCGUUGGUCCACAUUUUCCAGUAACUUCAGCUCCACCAAAUGAGACAUGCAGGAUUCAGAGACAGUUCCAAUCAGUAAGGAAGACAUGUGAAAAGAAGGAACAUUCAUUUGCAACACCAUCCUGUGCAGAAAUUGAGACGAUUAUACAAGACCUCUUGGGAAGUGGAAACAGUAGCUGAGACCAUGUAUAUGCAAAAGACAAGUAAGGAAACCAUCCAGUAGCUCUGAGAUUUU